AUGGGGAACAGCCUGAGGUGCUGCCUGGCGUGCGUGCUGCCGUGCGGCGCGCUGGACCUGGUCCGGAUCGUGCACCUCAGCGGCCGCGUCGACGAGUACGGCCGGGCCGUGCUCGCCGGGGAGGUCCUGGCGGCGCACCCGAACCACGUGCUCAGCAGGCCCUGCGGGUCCAGGCAGCAGGGCGGGCCGCGGAUCGUCAUCAUCGUGUCGCCCGAGGCCGAGCUGGAGCGCGGCGAGAUCUACUUCCUCCUCCCGGCCGCCUCCGUGCCCGCCGACGCCAAGAAGAAGACAAAGACCAAGCGCGAGCCGAGUCCCGGCGCCGCCGCCGAGGAGGGCCCUCGGCACCAUCGCCACCAUCGGCUCCACGUCCGCAGCAAGUCGGAAGGCAGCGCGGCCACGGCCGCCGUCGAAGGUCGCCAGCAGCAGCAGCAGCAGCACCGGAGGCGCAUGAGCACCGGCAGCCACGCCACGUCGUGGCACCCGCACCUGGCGCGCAUCGCCGAGGACCCCUGA